AUGUCACUCAUGGUCGUCAGCAUGGCGUGUGUCGGGUUCUUCUUGGUUCAGAGGGCCUGUCCACUCGUGGGUGGUCAGGACAAGCCCUCCCUGUCAGCCUGGCCCAGUGCUGUGGUACCUCAACAACAACAUGUGACUCUUCAGUGUCACUCUCAUCUUGGGUUUAACAACUUCAGUCUGUACAAGGAAGAUGGGGUGCCUGUCCACGAGCUCCACAACAGAAUAUUCAGGAAUAGCUUCCUCAUGGGCCCCGUGACUGCAGCACACGCAGGGACCUACAGAUGUCGGGGUUUUUACCCACUCUCCCCUACUGGAUGGACAGCACCCAGCAACCUCCUGAAGGUCAUAGUCACAGGAGUCUACAGAAAACCUUCGCUCCUGGCCCUCCCAGGUCCCCUGGUGAAAUUGGGAGAGACGGUCAUCCUGCAAUGUUGGUCAGAUAUCACGUUUGAGCACUUCCUUCUGCACAGAGAGGGGAUCUCUGAGGACCCCUUGUGCCUCACUGGAGAGCCCUGUGAUGGGGCCUCCCAGGCCAACUUCUCCAUAGGUCCCAUGACGCCUGGCCUUCCAGGGACCUACAGAUGCUACGGUUCUGUCACUCACUCCCCCUAUCAGUGGUCGGCUCCCAGUGACCCCUUGGACGUCGUGAUCACAGGUCUAUAUGGGAAACCUUCUCUGUCAGCCCAGCCAGGCCCCACAGUUCGGGCAGGAGAGAACGUGACCUUGUCCUGCAGCUCCUGGAGCUCAUUUGACGUGUACCAUCUAUCCAGGGAUGGGGAGGCCCCUGAACUCAGGCUCCCUGCAGUGCAGAUCAAUGGAACAUUCCAGGCCCACUUCCCUCUGGGCCCUGCCACCCACGGAGGGACCUACAGAUGCUUUGGCUCUUUCCGUGACUCUCCCUACCAGUGGUCAGCCCCGAGUGACCCAUACCCCUCCCCCACAGGUGAGGAAACCCCAUACCUGUCCCAUGUCUGGUCAUCACCAGCAACCCCAUCUGGGACUACAGGCAUCCCCAGACACCUGCACGCUCUGAUUGGGUCUUCAGGGGUCAUCAUCCUCUUCAUCAUCAUCUUCUUCCUUUUUCAUCACUGGUGGUCCAAAAGAAAGAAUGCUGCUGUAGUGGACCAAGAGCCUGCGGUGGACAGAACAGUGAACAGGGAGGACUCUGAUGGACAAGACCCUCAGGUGGUGACAUACACACUGCUGGAUCACUGCGUUUUCACGCAGAGAAAAAUCACUCACCCUUCUCAGAGGCCCAAGAGACCCCCAACAGAUACCAGCAUGUACAUGGAACUCCCAAAUGCGGAGCCCGGAUUGAAAGUUGUCUCCUGUCCGUGAACAUCAUGGACAGGCCUUGAGGGGGUUCUCUAGGGAGACAAUGGCCCUGACUCAAACCAGGCUUGCCAGCUCCAAUGUAACAGCAGCUGGGACCUGAAGGCAUAAGUCUGUGUCUUAGGGGAUCGCUCUUCCUCACACUAUGAAUCUGAACGUGGCUCUUUCUUGCUUACAAAUAUCUGCGGUCCUCACUGCCUGCUGGACAGAAAACACACUCCUUUGCUUAACACACAAUUCUCUAUUUCACUUGACCCCUGCCCACCUCUCCAACCUAACUGGCUUACUUCCUGGUCCUACCUGAGGCUGUAGUCACACUGAGGAACUCACAAGUCCAGACAUACAAGAGGCUCCCUCUUAACACAGCACUUAGACACGUGCUGUUCCACCUUCCCUCAUGCUGUUCCAUCUUCCUUCAGACUAUCUUUCAGGCUUCUGUCAUCAGUAAAACUUAUUAAAUUUUAAAAAAUAAUGUCGGGCCG